UAAUAAUGAGUAGUUAUUUAUGAUGCAAGGUGAUUUGUAAAUUAGUGAGUCAGCAGCCACCUGCACUGUCGGCUGCAAAGUCGAACGAGCCCAAUACCAAACCAAUCAGGUGUUCGACGAAAUGAUUCUUCAGACGUCAUUGAUCACGUGCUGCUGAUAAAGGGACACUGCUUUGAAUUAUACCGCUUAGCGACUUCAGUACAUGCCUCAUAGCUUCAGUCUCAAACUUAACCCCGUUCCUGCUGAAGAAGAGGAGGUCUGCUGGAUGGAGAAGGAAGCUCUCGUGAAAGAGGAGGAGGCUGUUACAAUACAAAAACAAGUAGAGGUUGAGGCUGUUACCGUGAAAGAAUAAGAGAAAGACGUCUCAGUUAAAGAAGACUCGUUCAGAAUGAAAGAGGGCGACGACGUUUCAGUGAAAGAAGUGGAGGGGGAGGUGACUGUGUCAUCGAACAAUGAAGAAGAGGAGGAAACUGGAUAUCUGGGCCCGGUUUCACAAACGCAUCUUAAGGCGUCCGAUGGAUCUAACGAUGAACAGGCCCUGAUUAACACUAGAGAGAGACCUGACUAUCGUGGAUCCUCUGGGGGGCCUCAACAACCUCAUGAUGCUGACCGGGCAGAGAAGAGACUCUCCAAAUCAAAACACCUCAAGAAACACCAGCAGAGACCCACAGGGAAGAAAUCUCAUUGCUGCUCUGACUGUGGGAAAGGUUGCAAAUCUUCAUCAGAACUUAAAAUACACCAGAGAACACACACAGGAGAGAAACCUUAUAGCUGUGAUCAAUGUGGGAGGAGUUUUACUACAUCUAGCGGUCUGACAGUACACCAGAGAACACACACAGGAGAAAAACCUUAUAGCUGUGGUCAAUGUGGGAGGAGUUUUAAUACAUCUAGCGGUCUGACAUUACACCAGAGAAAACACACAGGAGAGAAACCUUACAUGUGUGAUCAAUGUGGGAGGAGUUUUGUUAAAGCUAGCCAUCUGACUCAACACCAGAGAACACACACAGGAGAGAAAUCUUAUAUGUGUGAUCAAUGUGGGAGGAGUUUUGUUCAAGCUAGCCAUCUGACUCAACACCAGAGAACACACACAGGAGAAAAACCUUAUAGCUGUGGUCAAUGUGGUUGGAGUUUUACUACAUCUAGUGAUCUGACAUUACACCAGAGAAAACACACAGGAGAGAAACCUUAUAUGUGUGAUCAAUGUGGGAGGAGUUUUGUUAAAGCUAGCCAUCUGACACAACACCAGAGAACACACACAGGAGAGAAGCCUUAUAGCUGUGAUCAAUGUGGGAGGAGUUUUACUACAUCUAGCCAGCUAACUUCACACCAGAGAACACACACAGGAGAGAAACCUUUUAGCUGUGAUCAAUGUGACAAGAGAUACUCUGAUAAAAGAUCUCUGAUCAAACAUCAGAAAAUACAUACAUGA